AAUCAUUCAACAUUAUCUGUAGACAAUAUUAUAGCUUAAAUUGGUAGAUUUUUGUCAAACUCCCUUAAAAUAUGCGCGUCAACUUCUUACAUCCUCAGCAGCCCACAUCCAGGCGUGUUUAAAAGAAGCAGCGACGCUUCAGAUUGAUGGAUGCACUCUUUAACCAUCGACUGGCUAAUCCCGAUGAGUGACAAAUGGUUAAGCCAAUUGCUGCACAGGCAGUUUAUAUUCCCAUAGUAUCUUUAUUUUGGGACACCAGGAAAAAAAAAAAACGUAGCUCAUGACACCGAGAGGAGCGACCAACUAGGCGUAAAGCUAAUAAAAUCCUCCGAGGCAACGAUCCGAUCCUAAAUUGGCCUCAACUGGGGAACCGCACACCUUUGACUCGCAGGUUUUUCUUAUCCCGCUCAUGCACACAGAUCCACCCCACGGCUAAUGUUUUUACUGCUCUGUCGUGACCGGAUCGAUGCAAAUGUCACACGAUUCACUGGCUACCGCCAGACUUUGGCACGAAAGCGUCAAUGUUUUGGCCGCCUUCGCGUGAAAAUACGCGGUGUUCCGUCCUCCCGCCGCUCCGGAGGCGCUUCUCUGACAGAGCCGAGGCUCCGUCGGGCUGUUUUCAGCACCUGGACAGCUCCCCUCUCGCAGGGUUCCCCGCUGCGCACGUCGGGGAAGCCCUCGGCUGGGGAGCGCAACCCGGACCCCCAACUCAACUCGUCUAAUCCAGGGAGAUAAAGAAAAAAAGAAAAGAGGAGGAGGGAGGGGGGGCAAUUGACUCGGUUCUUAUGACUGCACUUAAAGCUAACAUGGCUCUUGUUGAGUGACGAUGCUUCAUGCAUUCGAGUUGCAGCCUCUGGUUUUGCACCGAAAUCCGCACAGCGCAAGGGAGCAGCGAAAGCAGCGGCGGUGCUCGUCCAAAGCAAAAGUGCAGAGGAUUGCUGCAGCCUACACACACUGCGAGCCUGCCGCCGCUGCUUCACUCGCUGUGAGCGCCACCGAGGGAGACAUUACUUUCUGCAGGGGAGCAACGAGAGGCACAAUUACAUAUCAACAAUAUAAAUCAAUCACAGGCACCCCUGAAUGUCUGCCACAGGAGAUUCAAGAAUUUCUGAAACAUGCAUGAAAGAAUCAAAGCAACACUCCAGGUUUAGCAUGAAAGCGGGACCUCGUAGGUGGAAAGGCGAACUGCAGCUCUAAAACAAAAGUAAGGGGAAUCGUGUGGAGAGACUUCACCACCUCAUCGCUUCCCUUCUCCAGCAUCCGUCAUUAUGGCUAAUGCUGAAGAAGUGGAACAGGAAGGUCUGUCAGACUUGGAGAUCAUCUCCCAGCCGGUGGAGGAUGAGAACCAGCGCCUGGCUCCUCCGGUCCAGCUGGUGAGCUUUGGCUACAGAGAUCUGCCCCUCGCAGCUCUGGACCUCUCACUGGCCGGCUCUCAGCUGCUCUCCAAUGCAGACGAAGAUGAAAACAGGGAAGGGUCCAACUGGCUGAAGCCUUGCUGUGGGCGUCGAGUGGCUCUGUGGCAGGUCUGCCUGUUCAGUGCUGGCUUCAACUGUGUGCUGGUGGCCUGUGUUAUUCUGGUGGUGCUUUUUCUGUCUUUGGAGUUGCUCAUAGACACCAAACUCUUACAAUUUUCCAAUGCGUUUCAAUUCGCCACCAUCAUCCACUGGAUCAGCCUUAUCAUCCUGUCGCUUUUCUUUUCAGAGACUGUCUUCAGAAUUGUAGUGCUUGGGAUCUGGGAUUACAUCGAAAACAAAGUGGAGGUAUUUGAUGGUGCUGUCAUUGUGCUUUCUCUGGCCCCAAUGGUGGCUUCCACAGUGGCCAAUGGGCCCAGCAGCCCCUGGGACGCCAUCAGCCUCAUCAUCACCCUGCGCAUUUGGAGGGUCAAGAGGAUCAUCGACGCAUAUGUCCUGCAAGUCAAAGUUGAGAUGGAACUGGAGAUCCAGCAGUGUGAGAAGACGAAGGCUGUGAGGGAGGAGCAGCUGGAGCGUCUCACUCAGAUCUGUCAGGAGCAGGCUUUUGAGAUCCGACAGCUGCGGGCACAUCUGGCUCAGCAGGACCUGGACCUCACAGCAGAGCGUGAAGCAGCUAUGCAGAUCCACCACGCGUGGGGCAAACAGGGCAGGAGCUUCCAGGUCGUGGAAGGUUUGACACCUGGGGAGUCUGAUGAUGAGGGCGGGCAGAGAAACCCCAGGGAGCCACAUGCUAAUACAGAUGCAGUGGUGCGCGAUGACAUGAACAACUACAUUAGCCAAUACUACAGUGAGGCCAGCAGCGAUGCUGGAGCAUCUGGCAUAGGGGCCCGGGUCAUCACCACGGCAGCCAUUGAUGUCCACCUUCCUAACAGCACCAACCCCAUCCAGUCCAAUCCAAAGCUUACCAUGCAGCGGGUCGGCAGCGCUGUGAGCGACGCUUCCACCAGCAUAUCACAGUCCAGCGGCAGCUUCACGGUCCGGCCUCCCAGCCUGAGCAGCCACACCCCGGGUUCAUCGCUGACAGACUGCAGCAGCAGCGCAGCACAGGCCACCAGCCUGAGCUCGCAUCGAUGCUGCCCCGCUUCCUUCUCAGGCCAGGACCCCUGCAAGGACCCCAGUGCUGUGGUGCAGGAGCUGCUCUCCUCCCUCUCAGAAGACUCUUGCCUCGCUCAGAAGGGCCUGGUGGUGAACCCCAUCAACCUUAAGCUUCCCAGCCCCACCGGCUCGGAAAACGGCAGCCCCGAGCUGGACAACAGAAUAAACCUGUUCAAUCGCAGGAACCAGGAGGAGAGGCGAGGCCGGGGCAGAGGGUGUGUCCUGCUGCAGACCAAGCCACUGAUCCACCUGCAGGGCAGCACCACUGAGCCGUCUCUGGAGGAGAAGUACAGACUUCUGGGCCCAGCCGACUCACCUCUGGGGCACAUGUCUGACACUUAAGCUACAUUUACACAGAAACAGAAGCUUUUCAUUUACUUUUUUCUGCCAUCCUGUUUGGCACAGGUCUAACCUUUUCUGACAGGUCGAUCCUCUUGAGAGGAGCCACAUAAGAGUCAAAAAAUGGGUUUUAUCUUUUGCUUAUUAAAGCCAAGACUAUUCAAACUAAGCUUGAGUUGCAGCUUCCAGCUAACUCUGAUGUUCCUUCAAAAUAGAAAAACAAAAAAACAAAAUGAGAGUUUUUCUCAUUUUGUUUUCCAAGGCCCUUUGUAAGUCUACUCAGUCUCAUCAGUUUCCUUUUAAUGGUUUUUCAAUAAAAAAGUACCCAGGUAUAGCACAACAGAGCCUAAAAUACCAUGGUCACAGGGAAUCUAAUGUGUCCUUGGACACAUUCAUUAUCAGGAAUUCUCACUUUGCAGAGGUCAGAAAUGCACUGAGCUUCACAAGAAUUAAAACCAGCAAAGGGUCACUCAAGCCUAUACUGAACGAAAAAAAAAAAAAAAAAAUGGUAAAGAAAUUUCAAGCAGUUGAACAAAUGUUUGCAAUUGCAUUUUCUUUUAUUUUUUUUUUCUUUUGUUUGUACUAUUAAUUGUAAAUGUUGCUCAAACUGUUGUCUGUUCAAACUGUUACAGGGUAUGCAAGAUAGGAUGGACUUUUCAAACAGCCAAUUGUUUUUGCCUUUGACUUCUUGCUUUCCAUUUGUUUGAUUUUUUUUAACCCAUGGACCAGGAAUGAAAGCUGUCUCAUUGGCAUUUUUGUCUUCACAGAAAUCUUAGCGAGGGGAACGAAACUAAAAGUUACCUGAAUGGUCUCUUCACACGAAACUAGACCAGAGUGCUUGUAGCAUGAACCUUUAAACGAGACGUGCCAAAAAUGGCGAUCAAAUUCUUUGCACUUUAACGUUUACUGACACUUUUGUAACCUUGAUACGAACAAAGUUGUUGCCAAUUGCAGGUGUUGUUCUUUGAAGGAAAACAGCAACAAAAAUAAAAGUUCUUAUUUCCUUA